AUGGCGAAACUCAUCAGAGCUUCCUGUUUCUUUCUCAUCUUCAUGGCGUUCUCAACCAUCUCCCUCUGCGCCGAGCCAUUUCAAUCACCAGUAGAAGCUCCAUCCCCUAAUCACUUCCCAAAAGGCCCUUCUCCCGCUUCCCUCCCUUCACCUGCAAGCCCGCCGGAAAAUCCUCCGGCCAGGUCCCCUUCUGCGCCAUCGCCAGGAAUCCAGAAUUCUCCGGCGCCUUCGCCCGGAAACCAGAACUCUCCCGCCCCAACGCCGGAUCCUAACGCCGCCGACGUUCAGAAAAGGGCCGACCAGGGACAAAACGGAAAUAAUGCAUCUAGCGGGGGGCUAAAUCCGGGACAGAAGGCGGGGAUAGCUUUUGGCGUUAUAAUUGGGGCGCAAUCGUGGGGUUAG